GAUUCAGAUUUCACUAACCGCCAGCAAACCGUUCAGUUCGCCUCGCGCAGGCGAAUUCGAGAUAGAUUUUUGACUUACUUGGUGAACCGAUUCGAAAAGUGUGUGACAGGCGUGUGUGGUGCGAUCCAUUUCACAUCUCCACAUCUAUUUGUUGCGUCUAUUUUGCGGAUACACCUUUUAAUCGAACGGAGCGAAGUUGCUUUAUCGCGGACUGUCGCGUUUUUCGUUUUUCGUGUCGCGCCUCAAUCAAAUUCACCUUAAAAAGCUAAUACACAAACGGUAGAUUACGAUUUCUGGGCGGUCUUAUCAAGAACAACGGGAUUAAAUCGAGACAAACGCCCACGGCAGUCGCUCUUCCUCUUCUUUCCUCUGCGCGCGUCGCUUUUUUUACCUGCAGCGCAGCCGCGACAGCUGAAAAUUAAUAAAAAAAAAAAAAAACGGAGCGAAAAAGUGUAAAUUGGUUUAAACAAAACGAAAGAAAAAGAGUUACGAUCGAUCGAUCAGUUAUUUAUAUAACGCUAACGACAACAACCAAGCAAACCAGUUAUUAGAUGUUUUUGUGAAUAGUGUGAAACAAAUUCUCGGCUCAUACCUGCACACAAAACAAAUACAUUCCCAUAGUUCCUAUUCCGAUCCGAUCAGGUUCUUGAAAUCGCCAGCAGAUCACCAGAAGAAAAUCCGCAAAACAAUAUGCAAAACUGAGCCGAGUGUGUUUUUUCGUGCGGAAAUCGGGGAGUGCAGUGAAAAUUACAGAGUUAACAAUAAUAAUAUCCAAUAUCCUGGUGUGUAAAUAAAAUCCCUUAUACAUACACACACCCGUACGCUCGUACUCGAAGAAGUAAAAAACAAAGGAGGAGAAAAGCGGCAAGAUGAAUAAAACCUGUGCGCGUUGCCAAAAGGUGGUCUAUCCCAUCGAGGAGCUCAAGUGUCUGGAUAAAACAUGGCACAAAACGUGUUUCAGAUGCACAGAAUGCGGCAUGACGCUCAAUAUGAAAACCUACAAGGGCUACAACAAAAUGCCCUACUGCGAGGCACACAUACCGAAGGCCAAGGCAACGGCCAUUGCCGAUACGCCCGAACUGAAGCGCAUCGCGGAGAAUACGAAAAUCCAGUCGAACGUUAAAUACCAUGCGGACUUUGAGAAGGCCAAAGGCAAAUUUACACAGGUGGCCGAUGACCCGGAAACGCUGAGGAUCAAACAGAACACGAAGCACAUAUCGAAUGUGGCAUAUCACGGCGAUCUGGAGAAGAAGGCGGCCAUGGAGAAGCAGCGAGGAUCCGCCGAGGUUUCCGACAGCAGCACCUCACCCAUACCGCCAGCAGUGACAACACUACACCAGCAACAUCAGCAGCAGCAGCAACAACAACAGCAGCAGCUGCAACAGCAAUACCAGCAACAUCAGCAGCAACUGCAACAGCAGCAGCAGCAGCAACACCAACACUAUCUGCAACAGCAGCAACAGACCCUGCCACCGCCACCCAUACAACAUCAACAAUACAACACAGCGGCCAUAACGCCCACAUACCAACAACUCCAACAACACCAGCAACUCCAGCAACAACAACAGCAGCAGCAGCAGCAACAGCGUGCACAGCAGCAACUGCACGAUCCCUAUGCACACUACCAGCAACCGCAGGCACUGCGCCAGCAGCAACAGCAGCAGCUGCUGCAACAGCAAGCCAUUAAACAAGCCUCACAUCUGUAUCCCACAGCAACAUCCCAGCAGCAGCAGCAUCAGCAACAGCAACAGAUGCCGCCACCUCAAUCGAAUCCGGCGAAUCCGCAACAGCAGGCUCUCAACAGCUACAAUGAGAUGCGUUCGGCCAUACUCCAGAAUUCCCAUCAUCCCAGCGGCAAUUCCGUGGAUCAGUACGACCAGCCACAGCAGCAGCAGCAGCAGCAGCAACAUCAGCAGCACAACAGCAACCCCACACUGGUGGCUGCCCCACAGCAGCACCAACAGCAGCAGCAGCAAUCGCAUCACAGCCUGCUGAACAACAAUCCCAGCAACGGCGGCAUUUCGCACAGCAACCACAGCAACAUCAACAAUAAUGGACAUGGCUCCCAAAGCCAAAUGUUGCCGCCACAAAUGAGACGCUCGGCGGCCAGUGUCGCCUACGAUGGCAACAACAAGCAGCAGCAGCAACAGGUGGCAGCAGGAGUAGCAGGACCAGGAGUUGCCCCAAAUCACCUGCAGCAGUUGUACGCCUCGCCAAAUUAUGCCGCUGUCACACCUUCGGAGAACUCAAUAAACGUUAAGCAGCACGCCAGCAAUGGCCAUGUGCCAAACCAACAGCAGCAGCAGCAGCAACAUGUGGCCGGCGGCAGCAAUAUCGGGAAGAUAGCGGACUACGAUCCGUUGACGGAUGGGCCAAGGGUGGUGCCCAAUGCGGGCAGGUCCAGCACCACUUUGGUCUACAGCUCCGAGCCGCGGGGCAUUCAAGGUGGCAACAGUGUGUAUCCCAAGCGGAUUGGUUCCGUUUCCGAUAUCGAUCCGGCCAAUGGCAUCUAUGGAUCGAUGAGCGCCGCCGAGCAGGCCCAGCAGCAGCAGAAGCACCAGCAGUACUACCAACAGGUGCAGAUGAUGCAGCAGCAGGAACACCCGCCGCAGCAGCAGCAGAUGCGCCAGCAGCCAUCCUACUCCUCCCUGCAGGAGAAGCAGUCGCGGCAGAGCACUGCACUGCGCGUCUAUCGGGCCAUCUACGACUACGAGGCGCAGGACGUCGACGAGGUCAGCUUCCGCGAGGGCGACGUCAUCUUCGAGGUGGAGUCCAUCGAUUCCGGCUGGAUGACCGGGCGGGUGGAGCGCACCGGCAAGACCGGCAUGCUGCCCGCCAACUAUGUGGAACAGGCGGUUAUAUAA